GCUGCGCUGUGACCCGGUGUAUAAAGCAAAGCAAGGCAUCCUUUAAUCUUAAAGGCUGUAAAUCCCUCAGAUAGAAGCUAUAUCUGAACUGAACGGGGGUUAAAAUGAACGCUGACAUUGCACAGUUCACUCUUAUCGCCUGCUUUAGCAUAUUAGAUGAAUUAUGUCACCAGAGCGAGCCUAAAUAACAUGCAAAUAACCCAAAUAACUGGGCAACCUGUAUAUGGGGUAAGUGGUGCAGAUUGGGGCCAUAUCUGCAUCAAGUUACACCUCGCAGUGCUGUAAUUACAGGCGUUGUGGUCUAUAAGUGCAUUGAAACACCACUGAGCACAACCACAUCGGAACCUGUUUGCAUCUCAUCCCAUAGACAGGACCUAUAGACGGAGCUUUGAUGCAGGGACAGCUGGUGCAGGUUAUAUAUGUAGUGAGAUGUGCUGCUGGCUUUACAGACUGCCCCGUAACUCACACGCAUUGCACAAAUGCGCCUUUGAGCCAUUCGGUUGCAUUGGCAUCAGCUGCUUUGUGCUGAAAACACUAGUUAGUUUCUGGUAGAAAUGACUUAUCGUUAAGGUAUAGCUGCCUUUUUUAUUCACAUAUACAGCCAUUCAACCCUGAUGACAAACUCCUACCUACAGAGAUGUAUUCUGAGCACUGGGCUGAGUGGCAACAGGGAGCAGUGCCAGCACUAACAGUGACACGGUGCUGGCUUCACAUGACUUGUCUGGGAGGGGACAGCCAACUCCUGCUUGGAAACACCCCGCUGUUAAACCCUCAUAAAGUCUCCCCAGCAGUAGUGAAAGGUGAGGAGUUGUACUGUGUACAAAGGACCUCUACUGGGCUACAGCCAGCAGGAGGUGAGCAAAGAGACGGAGCUCAAAGCUUUUCCAGGAGCUGUAAUUGCCUUCUGAGCUAUGCAGGGCUUGGCACAAUAGGGGAGCCACCAGACACAGCAUCUAGUCCUGUAUCUGACUGUACAGCGUGGCUGAUGCACAGCUUUUGUGGACAGCAGAUGAAGAGAGACUCUGGGUAUUCCACUAUGGCUGCACAUCAGGAGCAGGAAGAGAAGCUCUGGGUUGCCGUGAAGAUGUCUGCCCUUGUCCUUGGCUCAGCCCUGCUCAUAUUCACUGCAUUAAUGAACUCUGUUCCUUGGUGCAUGCAAAAGAUCUGGGAUUCUUCGGGCUACUUCUGGCAGACAACAUGGCUGAAGCUUUACUACCUGUUUGAUGGAAGGGAAUGGUCACUUUUCCUCUUUGGGGCUGCUUUGGUUCCUAGCCUUGCUUUUUGGUGCUUCAAUGGAAUCCUUAUGGUGGCUGAUGUAACAGGAAAGCCAACUUUCAUUACUCGGUAUCGCAUUCAGCUGGGCAAGAAUGAUCCUGUGGACAUACAGAAAUUGCGACAAGCCAUCUACACAGCGCUGUUUAAUCAGUUCUUUGUCUCCUUUCCCAUGCUCGUGCCCAUGUUCUAUGUAAUGAAAUGGUGGGGCAACACCUUCAGCAAGGAAUUACCCACUUUCCAGUGGUUUCUUGUGGAGCUGAGCAUCUUUACCCUCAUAGAGGAAAUCCUCUUCUAUUAUUCACACAGACUUGCUCAUGUCCCACUCCUGUACAAGCACAUCCACAAGAAGCACCACGAAUGGACGGCCCCCAUUGGCGUGGUCUCCAUUUAUGCUCACCCAUUAGAACACAUAUUCUCCAACACGCUGCCUGUCAUGACUGGCCCGAUGCUCAUGGGGUCUCACGUGGUUUCAAUCACAGUGUGGUUCUCCCUUGCUCUUAUAACAACAAGCAUUUCACACUGCGGUUACCACCUGCCCUUCCUACCAUCGCCAGAGUUCCAUGACUUCCAUCACCUCAAGUUCAACCAGUGUUACGGAGUCCUGGGAGUGCUGGAUUAUCUGCACGGAACAGAUGAUGUGUUCAGACAAAGCAAAGCCUACGAGAGACACAGGGUCCUCCUCAGCCUCACACCACUCUCCAAAAGCAUCCCUGAUAUACCCAAGAGGGCAGGGUGAACCCUCCAGCCUGCAGUUCCUGCAUAGCCCAGGGACAAGGAGAGGAAGAGACAAUGAUGUACGCUAACAAGCAUUCUACUUGGGAAACAAGUUAUUAUUCACAAGUAAUGAAUCUCAAAACUGAACUUAAACACGAUACUUGAGAUGACUGCACGUAAUGCCUGUUAUUUGCCACCUACAGCACGAAAAAACAACUCUAGAAAGUUCAUUCUAAGCCAUUGCACUGCUGCUUGGCUCCAGCUGCCUGCAUGUAAGAUGCAUUCUAGGCUGUGUGGCUGUGGGAGUUGCUCAAUUCUCAUUGUUAAGGUCAUAACAACUUUUCAUAGACCAUGGCCGCUUCCAGCAGCAUUCUCUAAUGAUACCAGCCCUCCCAACCAGUGCGCCACAAGAAGGGAAGUCCCUUUAGCCUGGAAUCCAACUGACACAAGCCCUGCUACAUCAGCUCCUAUUGGCGACCCUCACAGCUGUCAGCCCAUAGCAGCCGCUCUCCCUGCACUGCCCUCCAGUUCCUCCAACCACCCCACACCAGCCCAUCCCAUCCCAUAGAGCCUGCAGCCCUCAGGGGAAAACACAGCGGUCAGCAGAACAGAAACCCCAAACCGCGCUGUCUUUUGAAGUUUUUAUUUUUAUACAUUUUUUUUUUGUAUUAAAAAGGAAAAAGCAUAAUUACCACAAAUUACAAAGGACUAAAGCAUUACUAGAAUAAUGAAUCACAUCAGCCUAGAAAGCAGAUACUCUGAAUAAUAUUAAUGUUAUAAUACAAGCUCUCAUUCAAGUAUUUUACAUUUUUUUCUCUUUUCCUUUUAUAUGCGAUGAUGAUCCUAGCACGUGGGUCAAAGAUUAUGUACUAUCGACAGGAGAUGGAUCAUGUACAGCGGGCCAUAUUAACAAGAUUUUCCUCCCAACUGAUUAAUGGUCUGUGAUGAGUCAUUUUAAGUUUGUCUCUACGAUAAAUGCGGCUGAAGAAGGUUGCACACUUUCUAGUCUGGGAAACGGAAGGCUGAGGUUGGGACAUAGCCAGUCUGAGAAGGGCCAGCACAUUGAACCAUCACCCUGUUGUUCCAGCCACCGAGGCUGAGGUCUCAUCCGUGUGACCUGAGCGGGUCGGAGCAGGCAGGCUGAGCCUCCCCUGGGCACAACUCAGUGAUAGUUUCUGAGAUCCAAAGAUUUCCAACCCCAGCGGGAGCGGAACAAGCUGGGAGAGGAAGGGGGGAGCAGGGCGGGCUGCCUUCCCCCUGGGCAUACAUCUGCACCAGGGAGGCACCAAGUGCUGCAAGCACCCCUCCCACGAUAGCUGUCCAUCCCCAGCCCACCCACGAGACUGCCAUUGGGAGAUGGGGACAGGAGGGCAGCAAAGGCCUUGGGUGACCCCGAGUGCUGCAAAGGGGUGGUGGUACCUGGGCCAGUCCAUGUUCUUCUGGAGCUCCCCACCGAGGGGAUGUGCUUGUCACAGAUACGUCGGUCCUAUGUUCAAGUGUCUGCAGAAAGUGAAGCUGUAAACUACUCAUUGAAAUGCUGCCCUCCAGGCACCCACUCUGUGCCACUGAGAUGAAAACUUGUUUCAUUCUUUUUUUUUUUUUUUU